UGAAUGUUUCCUUUGGAGAGGAACGUCACAUGAAAGUUAUAGUGCUGAUGUAGAGAUGAUGAUGAAGGUUAAUCUUCGCUCCACAGUGGAAAACCUUUUUAUACCACAUGUGGGGUUUUGACAGAUUGAGACAUCCGUGCAGGGAUGAUUCAGCCUGAUUGUUAUCAGUCACCCAGGAUUCAUCACAAAGAUAAAUAAAGAUAUCACACUCGUGGGUUUUAUUAGGACAAACAGGCUGAUGUGGAUGUUAGUCAGUGCCACGACACAGAACGGCUGAACAGGAAGUUAUAAAUGUCGGAAAUAAUGAGUGGGGGAGACAGGAAGAGAUGACAGACAGGCCUGCGGGGUUAGGGAUGAGUCAGAGGAGGGUCAGCAAUCAUGAGAGCAAUCUGACAUUGAUGGAGACGAUUCACUCCAGCAGACGUGGGGGUGGGGGAGGUCUAACACCUGCAGGAGAAACACCUCACGCAGAGCUGGUCCUCAGCUGGUCCACAGCUCCACCCACACGGCGGAGCUUCACCCACACGGAGCUCCAUCUGCUGGCGUCAGAUCAGUGUGUGCUGACAUGCUGAUAAUAUGUCGUUUUUGAGGUGUGGACAUGUGCCAGAUUAAAUGACUCAUGUGAUUUACAGGAAGGAAUAAACUUCAUUUACUGUUAAAGGAAGAACUUUUUCACUCCAUGUGCAGUGAGGACACCACCUGGUGUUCACAUGUCCCUCGCUGUUUUGAGCGAAAUCGGAAUACAUUUUGUUUUUUAUCAAAUUUAUUUUCCAAGGGGAAAAGUGUGAACAGGAAGCUGUGACUGAGUCAGUCAAAAGAAGGUGCAGCAGUGUCCAUUCUACCAUGAGUCGGCCUCAGGAGGAAGAUGAGGGAGUCCAGCCCUCCACCAUCGCUCUGUCUGUGGAGCACAACAUCCAGACUGGACCUAAGAGGACCGAGCAGGAAAGAUCAGAUUCUCCUGCACCAAGCAUCAUAUCCAUGAAGAGCGACAGGUCCAUUGGCUUCCCAAUUAAUUUUAAAGGUUCAGAUUCAGUUUCUGAGAUCGAGCAGGAAAGAUCGGAUUCUCCUGCACCAAGCAUCGUAUCCAUGAAGAGCGACAGGUCCAUUGGCUUCCCAAUUAAUUUUAAAGGGCCACAUUCAGUUUCUGAGAUCGAGCAGGAAAGAUCGGAUUCUCCUGCACCAAGCAUCGUAUCCAUGAAGAGCGACAGGUCCAUUGGCUUCCCAAUUAAUUUUAAAGGGCCACAUUCAGUUUCUGAGAUCGAGCAGGAAAGAUCGGAUUCUCCUGCACCAAGCAUCAUAUCCAUGAAGAGCGACAGGUCCAUUGGCUUCCCAAUUAAUUUUAAAGGGCCACAUUCAGUUUCUGAGAUCGAGCAGGAAAGAUCGGAUUCUCCUGCACCAAGCAUUGUGUCCAUGAAGAGCGACAGGUCCAGGGACUACCCUGCUAAUUUCAAAGGGCCACAUUCAGUUUCUGAGACCGAGCAGGAAGGAUCAGGUUCUCCUGCACCAAGCAUCGUAUCCAUGAAGAGUGACAGGUCCAGGGGCUUCCCAAUUAAUUUCAAAGGGCCAGAUUCAGUUCCUGAAGUUCACCAGAAGGGGUCAGAUGUUUCCACUGGUUUGCAAACACACCUGGACACCAUAUUCAUGCUUCUUCAGGAGAACAUCUUUGCUUUUGUGAAGACCGAGCUUCAAAAGUACAAGACGUUUCUGAGUCAAAAUUACCCACGAUGCGAAGGGGGAUGUGAGGACAAGGAGGUGGUUGAUGGUGAAGAGGAAGAGCAGAGGGGCAGCAGCAGAGAUGCACUUCUGAAACUCACACUGCAGUUCAUGAGGAGAAUGAAGCAGGAGGACCUGGCUGACUCCCUGCAGAACAGAGUUCUUGCUCCAGUAUGCCGCUGUAAACUCAAAUCUAAUCUAAGGGAGAAGUUCCAGUUCUUGUCUGAGGGGAUUGCAGGAAGUCCAACUCUUCUGAAUCAGACCUACACAGAUCUCCACGUCACAGAGGGCGGGGCUGCAGAGGUCAAUGAUGAGCACGAGGUCAGACAGAUUGAAACAGCAUUCAAGAAACAAGACAGACCAGAAACAACAAUCAGAUGUGAAGACAUCUUUAAGGCCUCACAUGGAAAGGAUCAACCAGUCAGAAUUGUGAUGACAAAGGGCGUGGCUGGCAUCGGGAAAACAGUCCUAACACAGAAGUUCACUCUGGACUGGGCUGAAGACAAAGCCAACCAGGACAUACAGUUCACAUUCCCGUUCACUUUCAGAGAGCUGAAUGUGCUGAAAGAGAAAAGGUUUAGUUUAGUGGAACUUGUUCAGCACUUCUUUACUGAAACCAAAGUCACAGGAACCUGCAGGUUUGAGGAGUUCCAGGUUUUGUUCAUCCUUGAUGGUCUGGAUGAGUGUCGACUUCCUCUGGACUUCUACAACAAUGAGGUCCUGACCGAUGUCACAGAGUCCACCUCAGUGGAUGUGCUGCUGACAAACCUCAUCAAGGGGAACCUGCUGCCCUCUGCUUGCCUCUGGAUAACCACACGACCUGCAGCAGCCAAUCAGAUCCCUCGUGAGUUGGUUGACACAGUGACAGAGAUCAGAGGGUUCACUGACCCACAGAAGGAGGAGUACUUCAGAAGGAGAUUCAGAGAUGAAGCAAAGGCCAGCAGAAUCAUCUCCCACAUCAAGACAUCUCGAAGCCUCCACAUCAUGUGCCAUAUCCCGGUCUUCUGCUGGAUCACUGCGACAGUCCUGAAGAAUGUGAUGAAGAUCAGAGAGGGAGGAGAGCUGCCCAUGACCCUGACUGAGAUGUAUACCUUCUUCCUGGUGGUUCAAUCUAAACUGAAGAACAUCAAGUAUGAUGGAGGAGCUGAGUCAGAUCCACACUGGACUCCGGAGAGCAGGAAGAUGAUUGAGUCUCUGGGAAAACUGGCUUUUCAGCAGCUGCAGAAAGGAAACCUGAUAUUCUACAAAUCAGACUUGAAAGAGUGUGGCAUCGAUAUCAGGGCAGCCUCGGUGUACUCAGGAGUGUUCACACAGAUCUUUAAAGAGGAGAGAGGACUGUACCAGGACAAGGUGUUCUGCUUCGUCCAUCUGAGCCUUCAGGAGUUUCUGGCUGCUCUUCAUGUCCACCUGACGUUUUUUAAUUCUGGUGUUAAUCUGCUGUCAGAAGAAAAAUCUGUUUCUCUGUGGUUUAGAUGGUUCAGAAUCACACCUGAAGUCUUCUACCAGAGUGCUGUGGACAAGGCCUUACAGAGUCCAAACGGACACCUGGACUUGUUCCUCCGCUUCCUCGUCGGUCUCUCACUGCCGACCAAUCAGACUCUCUUACAAGGCCUGGUGACACAGACAGGAAGCAGCUCACAUACCAACCAGAGAACAGUUCAGUACAUCAAGAAAAAGAUCAGCGAGAAUCUGUCUGUAGAGAAAAGCAUCAAUCUCUUCCACUGUCUGAAUGAACUGAAGGACGCUUCUCUGGUGGAGGAGAUCCAACAGUCCCUGACUUCCGGAAGACUCUCCACAGAUGACCUGUCUCUGGCUCAGUGGUCAGCUCUGGUCUUCAUCUUACUGUCUUCAGAACGAGAACUGGACGUGUUUGACCUGAAGAAGUACUCUGCUUCAGAGGAGGCUCUUCUGAGGCUGCUGCCGGUGGUCAAAGCCUCCAAGAAAGCUCUGCUGAGUUGCUGCAAUCUCUCAGGGAGAAGCUGUGAAGCUCUGUCUGCAGUUCUCAGCUCCCAGUCCUCCACUCUGAGAGAGCUGGACCUGAGUAACAACGACCUGCGGGAUACAGGAGUGAAGCUGCUCUGUGAUGGACUGAAGAGUCCUCAAUGCAGACUGGAGGUUCUCAGGCUGGAAGGCUGUCUGAUCACAAAGAAAGGCUGUGCUUCUCUGGCCUCAGCUCUGAGCUCCAGCGCCUCCCGUCUGAGAGAGCUGGACCUGGACUACAAUCACCCAGGAGACUCGGGGGUGAAUGUGCUCUCUCAUGGUCUGAAAAUUCUCAGGAUCACCCAUGGUGGAUCCCGGUGGAUGAAACCUGGUCUGAGGAAGUACGCCUGUGAACUGACCGUGGACCUGAACACAGCACACAGGAAGCUCAUACUGUCGGACCACAACAGGAAGGUGACAGUGGGGAAAGAGACGCAGCCGUAUCCUGAAGAUCCAAACAGGUUCGACUACUGGAAACAGCUGCUGUGUUCAGAGGGCUUGACUGGCCGUUGUUACUGGGAGGUGGAGUGGAGCGGACAUGUUUAUAUAGCAGUGGCUUACAGAGGAAUCAGAAGGCGAGGGGAGAGUGACGACUGCUGUCUCGGGAGGAACGAUCAGUCCUGGAGUCUGAGCUGCUCCGAUGAAGGUUACUCUGUCCUGCACAGCAACCGCAGAGUGUCCCUCCGCAUCCCCCCACCCACAAACAGAGUGGGGGUGUACCUGGACUGUUCCGCUGGCACCGUGUCCUUCUACGGAGUGUCCGCUGACAAGCUGACACACUUCCACACCUUCCACGCCAAGUUCACCGAGCCGGUCUACCCUGCGUUCCGGGUCAGGAUGGACCCGUGUAACUCGUCAGUGUCUUUGUGUGAUAUAGUUUAGAUCAGAUUUGCUGUGAGAGGCAGCUUAUUGAGAAAUCAGCACUUGUUUAAAAAGCCACUCACUGAUUAAAGCCUCAUCUUACAAAGACUGAGGCAUCGAACACCCUGAUGCUGAAUGCACUGACAGGAAGUCACUUAUGUUAAAUAAAUGUAAUGCAUUGUAGUUUGAUACUUACUGUGUCCCAGUCCACUGAAUACAUCAGAAAAAAAAAAAAACUAAAUCAGACAGAAAAAUCACUUUUGUCCUAAUUUGGAGGACAAAGCCGAUAUGUAACUUUAUGUUGUGACGUUGAUACGUGUGAUGAGAUAAUCCAUUUACUGGCAAUUGAAUUGAAGAACAAAAUUCAUCUGAUCGAUGGCUUCAGGAAUUGAUUUGCAACACAGCCACUGCAGAUUAUUACAACGAGUCUCCCACAAUCCACUGGACACCUGUCAGAACAUGCAGGUGAUGCAGAAGCACUCUGGGAAGUUUGAACAAGGAAGUUUUUGUUUUGGAGUGUCGGUCAUCCGCAAAAUCGGCAGUGAUUGGCUCGAUCGUCGCAAGGCUUCUUGCGGCAUACCGCGAUUGGUCAAGUGAGGUGUCAUCUGAGACCUGAGACUCCACAGAGUAACCGCAGACAGGAUGGCGCCCGUUUGUAUAUGUUUCCACCUGCUAACCGGAAAAGAGAAAGCAUCUUUCUGUGGAUUAUUAUCGUGUUUUGGACUAAAUAUCUUUACUGCUGUGUACAGCGCGCUGCUUUCUGUGCUCGAGUUCAUGUCACUUCAGUCACGCAUGUAAAGAAGAUGUUAAAACGUUACACCGUAAAUCCACCAUCAUGUUCACACUCCACCAGAGAAAUGUGUUGAAAGAAGCAGAAUGAUUACUGCAGCCGUGCAUUUUUAAUGUAAUUAACAACUUUACAGAAUGAAAAUCAAAUGUGACGCAAACAGACACAUGAGAAACAUUUUGCAUCAGAAAAGCUGAAAAUUCAGUGUUCCUUCAACGCCUUCCUCCGGUCCACUGAGCUGCCGUUUGCUCCUCAGAUUAUGGCUGAUUUCAUGAACUGAAAAGAGAAAAAACAGCGUAAAAAGACAACGAGCUGUUGACACGCAGCCUCAUGUCAUAAUCUUACUUAGCUAAAUCAGGUCUAUAUUAAUACAGAUAAUGCUAUAAAAAAGUAUAAUUACUUCAUUGCUAUAUAUAAAUGCUCUAAAUCUAAAUGAAUUUUAAGACAAAUCUUUUUAAAAUCACUUUCUCCUGAAGUGUCCGACAGCCUUCUUUUAUUUGUUAUCCUGCUGUUUUAAUUCUACUUUGUUUUUUAAUUUUCCUCAUUUUGAUUGUUUUAUCACACGCUGUCCUUAUUACUUGCUUUCAUGCAAAGCACUCUGUUGCAUUUUAUGCUGGUGUGAUAUAUUAUCAUCAUCAUCAUUCUGGUGUACACUGUCAUGUAUUUUGCUUCGCUGACACUGAUCACACUGCUAUAGAUUGAUUGAUUGGAUUUAUGGAUUAUCAGACUUCACAUGUCACGUUGCUUGAGAGUGUGCUGCAAGAUUAGUUUCAACACAACACGGCUACUUUUUGAGUUCAACUGGGCUUAUAUAGUUUCUAUUUUAUUAUAGUUUCUAUCAUAGAAGCUUUACUUACUUGUGUCCUUGUGCUGCUGCAGCACCUGAAUGUGCCCUCUGAGCAUCAAUAAAGGAUUAUCUUCCUGCUGAA